CUCUUUUUCCCUCCCCUCUUCUUUUAUGGUUCUCAGAUGAGAUCAUAUCCUUCAUUGGCUUCGAUCUCGUGCUUCUGGGAAGGAGAUCAUGGGGAAGAGGAACCAGGCCGAGAAAAGAGGCAAUUUGGGGAAGGGGAAGGUGACUCCAGUGCAGAUCGCCUUCAUCGUCGGCCGCUACCUCACGGACAAUAACUACAACAACACCCUCUCCGCUUUUAAAUCCGAAGCUGCCGAUCUCUUCUCCAAAACCCUAGUGGCGCAGGCGCCCAAGGGUUUGAUGGGAUUGGGUGAUAUAUUGGAUGAGUAUAUAAGUUUGAAGGAGCAGAGGUUAAUGGUAGAUCAGGAGAAACGGAGGUUGGAGAUGGCACUGCGAGGUAUACAAGAUGUGAUGAGAGUUUACUAUUCGGCCGGGGCGGUGAGUACGUCUCUUCCAUCAUCGCCGCCUCUUCUUCCUAAUGUCAUGGCCAUAUCGACGGGCCCGUUCUUUCCUGCGCCAAACUACAGUGCUGGAUCUCCUUCAGGCCAUAUGAUGCAAGGGCCCUGUGAUCGAAAACUCCCUCCCGUUCAAAAGAAGUCCCGUGUUCAAUCACCUUCUGGUGGGGAAGGAAAUGCAUUAUCUUCAGAUGUACCACACACUGAAAACAACGAAAACAUGGGGAAACUUGUUGAUGUUCACUCAGCAUCAAUGAUUGAUCCAAAAACUGUAUCGCCAAUCCAGGAUACAUCUGCAGCACAGAGUUCAGUGAAGCAUCCAUCUGAAUGCGGAAGAGCCUCAGCUUCUCCUAAAACUCCAAUGCGGGCUAUUUCCAGUCAAACUAACACAUUUGUUUCCCCACUUAAUGCUACUCCUUCGCAAGGGAUUGCCUCUUCCAACUGUUCCAUUAUCUCUUCUAAAACAGUUGUAGUCAGCCCUCUCAAAGGUAAAGGUUAUUGUGCCAUUGAGAGGAGCUAUCAUGUUACUUCUUCACCCUUGAAUUCAAACUCAAAGAAGCAAUCCAAGAGGGAGCACAUAAGAGGGAGACUAGAUUUUGAUGAUGUUGAUGCUGCCACAACUUCAGAUAAACAGCCUGACACUACAAGUUCUGCCUCUUCCACAGAUGGGGAGAUAGAAAAAUUGCUAGACUUUGAUCCAGCGGAUCUUGAUUUUCUCAAUGGGGAUUUCUCAUUUUCUCAGUUUCUGGUAGACCUUGGCAUAAGCUGUGAAGGAAUUCCUAGCCAGCCAGCAGCUACUUCUGCUUUCCUCCCGGGGUUGGAGCUCAACAUGCUCAAUGGAUGUUCAGAAACAAAUCAAGUUAUUUUGAAUCCUUGUCAGUCGUCAACAACUAAGUUUCUUUCAGGCGACACAAAUACACAAGUUCCUGAUUAUGUGACCUCCAUAAGCAGUGUAACAAAAUGUAUAAUUACGAGCCCUGGUAAAACCAAAACCUGAGGAAGUUCAUCUGCACAUGCAGUUUCACCAGAGAAGAGCAGCUAACUAGUUUACAUUUAAGAAUAUUAAUAUGUAGGAACGCUAAUGGUCAUCAAUUAAUUUUGGGUCAUGUACAGGCAGUCAUCAAUUGACGCCCCAUUCAUUUUGGGUAUCUUACUAUUUCUUCCAACAGUGAUAUCAUUUUGAAUAUUGA